AUGGCGAAAAUAAUAGUAGCGAGUAAAAUAGUAAGUCAUCAGUACAUUAUUAUAGUAGAUUAAAUGUAGUAUUUAAUAUUUAAUAUAUGAUAGUAUUAAAAUUGGUAAAGAAUAUGUAAAGAUAUAUUAUAGUAUUAAAUUUUAUUAUGUUCUAUAAAAUAUCAAAAGUACAAUUUCCCGCCAUUUUCAAUAAGAUGUCCUAUUAUCUUUAUAUAGAUAUUAUAUUCUUGACCUUACUGGACUAGUUUAAAAUUUUUUUUUAUAUAAUUGAUAUUGUAUAUAAAGGAAAGGUAGAAGAAAAAUCGAUUUAUUCUAGAUCAAUUAAAGCAGGUAAAUUGUUUAGUUAUCCAUACUUCAUAUUCAGUAAGUAUAUUGUAGCUAAUUUAUUUUUACUAAAUAUUUAAUGAAAGUUACAAUUUACUAUAUUUUGUAUAAUUAAUUAUAUAUAUAGAUAUUUCAAAUAAUUUGAAUAAAAUUUUAGCUAUGAAAAAAAAUUUUAGGUUAGAUUUAGGUUAUGUCUUUUUACAUGAGAAAUACGUUAAAAUAUCUGUUUGUUCGAAGACGCUUAUAAUGUCUACAAAGAUAAAAAUUCAGUUUGUAUAAAUCUAUAAAUGGCAAUAGUAAUAGAAUCUAGAAGGAGAAAGCUCAAUAUAAUAUACAAUACAAUAUAUUGUUUAAAAAUUUUUUUUUAAUAUAAUUAUAAACAGAGUUUACUUUUCAGAUUUCAUCGAAUGAAAAUAUGGCAGUUAACUUAGCUGAUUACAUCGUAUGGAUGGACACAGAAGUAAAUAUUUCAUAUUUUUCCUUAAAUUAUGACGGUGGCGUUCUGAUGAAUGAAAUAUUUGAAGUAAAUCAUAUUUAUAAAAAUUUGUUUAUAUAUUUGAUUAUUUUGAUUAUAUUUGACUAUUAAGUUGAUCAAAACGACAAUUAUAUACAUAUAAUCAUCAUAGCAUGACAUACGAUCUGUGAUCUUCAUUCAUUUGUUCUAAUAUAUUGAUGGGAUAAUACGUUCCUGACAUAUUAUAUCAACAUUGAUAAUUAAAAAACUGAAUAAUAAUUUUUCAAUAUGUAUUUCAUUUUUUUAAUUGUUAAUGAUAAUGUUGCUAGAUGCCACUAGCAAAAUAAGCUCAGAAAUCGCAAAUCAGAAUAAAUGUGGUAGCAGUCAAAAAUGUUAAAUUUUUUUUAGUUAUCUGGACUUGACAUAGAAAAGGACACAAUUUUGGAAAUUGCUUGCUUGAUAACUGAUCAAAAUUUGAACGUAGUGAGUGAAGAGUUUAAUCUUGUAAUUAAUCAACCAGAUGUGAUUUUAGAAAAUAUGAAUAAAUGGUGUAUCAAUCAUCACGCAAAGACAGGCCUGACAAUAGAAUCUAGACGUAGUGAAAUUAAUUUAAAAGAUGCAGAGCAAAUGUUACUUGAUUUUUUGAAAAAAUACAUUCCCUAUCAAACUUGCCCUCUAGCUGGCAAUACAAUUUACAUGGAUCGUUUAUUUUUACUUAAACUUAUGCCAUUAGUCAAUGAUCAUUUACAUUAUAGAAUUAUCGAUGUUAGUGCAAUUAAAGAACUAGUCAGGAGAUGGCAUCCAACAAUUUAUAAAAAUACACCAAGAAAGAAUUGUGAGCACAGAGCACUAUCUGAUGUCAAAGAAAGUAUAAAUGAACUAAAAUACUACAAAAAUAAUCUAUUUAUACCAUCUGUAUAGCAGAGCACUUAUUUUCUGAAGAAAUUAUCUGUUAUUUUUUUGGAAAAAUCUAGAAGUAAAACUAAAAAACUGUAGAAUAAGCUCUAUGUAAAUAUGCUCACGAAUGGAAUCAUCUUGUAAAUUGUAUAUUUAUUGAUUAUAAAAUUGAUUAAUUAUUAUAAUAAAAUUGAUUAUGAUAUUUGAUUUUUGAAUAAAUUAUAAUAGAAACAUAAAAA